AUGCCUGACAGUGUACAUCCAUUUUCCACCCAACCUGCCUUAUCACAAGACUAUCAGAAUUUGAUUCUUGAUUUAAGCCAGCAGGUCAAAGCAAAGAACCCAGAGGACUUGCUUCAGUUCUGCUUUGAUUUCUUUCUGGACAAGUUGAUGCAAGAGAGAUCUCACAAUAGAUCACAUCAGCGACAGACACAAAGCACAUCCCACGUAGGCGGCAUUGGCCCUUAUUCCACUGAACAGGAAUCACACGCAAUCCCGCCUCAUCCUACCAUUCACGAAGAAGACGAGGACGAAGACAUGGUCUCUGAUCAUUUGCCAAACUUCCAAAAAACCUCCAAUUUCAGAAAUCGUCGAGUAUCUGUCAGUGCCGAAUCAUUGCAACCUUCGCAGAAAUUGCAAAAGAAAAAGAUUGCAAAGUCGCAGCAGGAAAUCGACAUGAUUACCAACUCUUUGAAAUGCCAUUUCCUGUACAAGACAUUGGAGCAAGAUCAGCGUCAAGAUGUCAUUGACUGCAUGGAGGAAAAGCAAUUUCGUCAAGGUGAUGUUGUGAUUGAACAAGGUGCAGUCGGCGACUUUUUCUACAUUGUGUCCAGUGGUACAUUGGAUUGCUUUGUGGAUGGCAAAUUGGUCACUACAUACGAGCGUGGUGGUAAUUUUGGUGAGUUGGCGCUAAUGUACAAUGCGCCUCGUGCUGCUACUAUCAGAGCGACAUCAAAUGUCGUCUUGUGGGCGCUGGAUCGUGUCUCCUUCCGUUCCAUCUUGAUGGAUCACAACUCCAAGAAGCGUAACAUGCACGAAGAGUUCUUGAAGGGCGUGCCUUUAUUUCGGUCGUUGGAGCUGGCUGAAAUACACAAAAUUGCAGAUGCACUGGAGCCUGUCAGCUUUCGUGACAAUGACAUUGUGCUCAGGCAAGGCGAUGUGGGCGAGGAUUUCUUUCUAAUUGAACGUGGCAUUGCCCUCUUUUACAAGACGGAUGAAAAGGGUCGACAGCUGUUGGUCAAUGAAAUGAAGCAAGGCGAUUACUUUGGAGAACUUGCUUUGCUAACAGACAAGCCAAGAGCUGCUACUGUUGUCGCUAAAGGAGAUUUGAAAUGCGUCACCUUGGGCAAAGCAGCCUUCACUCGUUUAUUAGGUCCUGUCAUGGACAUUUUAAAACGCAAUUCAGUUAAUUACCAUGCCAUCCUUCAAGAAGCCAGAUCUUAA